UGUGCGCAUGCCGAUCCAUCGCUUCCACAUGUGAACGUUACGUGUACAUCGAAAACAUCCAUUAGGAAGAUUUUAUAGCAUACCAUGUAAUUAUUUUGCUCAGAAGAUUCAUUGUGCCUUCCCCACGUGACAUACACCAGACCUUCAUAUUGCGAAUGCCCUAUCGCCUGGUUCAAGCUUUAUCGUACGUGUCUGUAACAAAUUGAAGUGUUUUUAGUCUGUGAUCCGAUGAUGUUUGCAAUGCCGAAAAAGACCGUUAGAUACCUGAUUCUACUGGUUCUUCUUUGUCUGUUACUGUUUCUAAUUCUACAUAAGCGCAAUGGUGCGACAUCAUCACUUUCAGAAUAUGGAUACGAAGCGCCGACUGUUAAAAAGUUUACUGGAACAAAUCUAGUUGAAGAAAUAAAUGAAAGAUUGAUUCGUCCGCUCAAAGGAGCCAAAUUUAGUGCUGUUGUUACACAGUUCUUGAAGGGGCAGGGCAAAACACCCGUGGGAACAGAAAUCCAGACACUUGCUGCCAGUUCCAUAAAGCAAAGGGACAUAUCAUUAACGUCAAAAGAAGAAGAAAUAUUUCGGAAAUGCAAGCGUACGGCAGCUGCUGACAGGAAUAGGAACAUGCCAAUGUUCUUUGGUGGAAAAACCCAAGAAAUUCGUCGCACACACCAUUCAUAUUUGAACGAAAACUCUUUAUUAAUGGAAAUAGGCGGGAAUUGGGGCUGGGAUGCCGGUAACUUCUCAAAACUCUUUAAUCCAAGGUAUAUUAUUCUGGAACCACUCCAACCGUACGUCGACAUAUUAGAGAAGAAAUUCGAGAAUAAAACUAAUGUUAACGUGUAUAAUUUAGGUCUAGGGGGAAAGAACGAAUCCAUAUUGGUUAAGAUUGAAGGAAAUAACGCGUGCGCCACAUCGAAAUUUUCUGGGAAGACAGAUGGAAAUGUUCGUAUUUACAUAAUUGAAGCCACCUCAUUUAUGACGGGGCUUGGAGUUGGGGUAUUUGACGUCGAUCUCCUAACUAUGAACUGUGAAGGAUGCGAGUUUGAGGCUUUAGAGAAUCUACUCAGCUCUAAUAUCAUCGAGAAAUUCAAGAACAUUCAGUGGGGCACUCAUAGUUUACUAAAGGGAAUGAAAGAUCCUGAAGAACGCUACUGUAGGAUGACGACUCUCUUAGCCAGGACACAUCGACCCACUUAUCGGUAUAAUCUGAUUUGGGAGAGCUGGCGACGAAAUGAUCUCGCCUAAACAAAGAUUCACCGAAGUCAGACUAGGUAAACAAGGAAUUCAGAUGGUUCGCUUCGAACAGGAAACUUUGGAGACAUUUUUAAAAAUUCCACUGUGUUACUCUUAACACCAGUCCAUAUAAGUAAUAUAAUGAACGAGUGGUACAUUAAAUAAACAGCUGUGAAAAUGAGGAAGCAUUAUUAAUUUCAAAUCUAAUUAUCUCCAGACAUUUUAUAGUGGUGUGUUGUCAUAUCCUAUAUUGCCUGACGUUCAUUCCAAGGAUGUACAAUUUUGUGAAUUGUCGCUCACAUUCCUUACACAUAGAUAGUUCUAAGAGCAGGCCAAUGCUAUUUUCGACACCUCUGGAAUGUCCAGCGUAUCAGCUUAAUUACCAUAACGCACCGAAAAGAUGAAAAAGAAGGAAAGGCUGUUGAAUCUUAUCUUAUCAAUAUAUGUCUUUGUAUAGAUGAUGUAAGUUAAAUAUCAAAUCUCGUGUUUCUUAUUUUUAUGUUUAUUUCGAGAUCCAAGGUAAUGUGAAUGUAACUCAAAAUUACCCAAACUUGGUGUCUUUAGCAACGAUUUACACAAUCUAAAUUUUGCCUAACUUUGGGAUGGUGGGCUAAUUAAAUCACCCUACGACCGUGAUCUGUGAUCCGUCCGUGAACAAUAUAUGUUAUCACUAUUUCCUAUGAAGUACAGAAUUUAUCUCUCAACUUUCUUACAUAGGUUUCCCGUUGUCCCUAGUUAUGUGAAUGAAUUUUGGACCAGAAUAAGAAAACGGCUGAAAUGUUCUAUUUUUUUAGAGGAAGUUUAAGAUUGCAUAUAAUAAAGAGCAAAGAAAGAGAAAAGAAAAGAAGAGAAAAGAUCUAACUUUUAAAGAUUAAAUAUUGGUGGGCGUCAGUAUGCCUCUGGAAUCUCUAGUGUUUAUUUUGUAAAUCAUAUUACGGUUUAUGUUGUAAUAUAUCCAUGAUAAUAUAAAAGAACAUAUAGCUAGCCAAAGAUCAGUAUUUCUGAAGUAGUGCACGUUUUAUACGUGUGCGUGUUCUCGUUUAUGUAAUCAUAGAGAAGAACCUUUCCGUGUGCUAUGUAUUCAAUAUCAAGAUAAGUUUUUACUCACUCAUUAUUUUCAUUAUAAUUAUUAUCGAUUUGUGUUUUUUUACUUAUGUAAUCAGAGGCUUUUAUCCUGCUAUGAUGUAAAAUACGACGCACAUUAAAAAAUAUAGUAUAUUAUUUUACAUAACUAUUGUCCUCUAAUUUAUAUGUGAUGUUUGAUAAGGUGGAUAUUUUAUGUUCUAUCGUCAUAAAUAAAUAAAAUUUAAUUCAUGAAAUAAAUACAUUUGUGUUAGAUGGUUACUUUAUAUAUUCAUGUAUAUAUAUAUAUAUAUAUGUAUAAUUGUCAUAAUCCUACAGAUGUUCUUCACAUUAUAAUGUUAUGUAAGUUGGCUCUUGCAUGAUUUUGUUAUUUGUAAUAAGAACUUGAACACCUGGUGACCAUCUGUUACCCUAUGUAAUUUGUAUCUCUUGUUAUUUGGAUGUAUGUGUGCGCACGUGUUAGCUAAGAGGGCCGAGUAGGGCAACUCGCUAUGCGGUCACGGUUUUAGCUUGACCAGUCAGAGGGGCUGUUCACGUGACCAGCGGCAGUAGCCUUGAUGCGAGGCGGUCAGGGCCUGGAUUGACCAAUCAGCGAGGCGCGCACCUCUUCGUGGUUUUGACCGCGUCAUAUCUUCAUCACUCCUCAUAAUUUUUCUGUUGAUGUGAUUACGUUUAAUAUCUUUCGAAGUCCCACCCAAACCACACUCCCACAUUUUGUCUUGAGCCAGCUUAUAUAUCCAUGUUUUUGUUUUUUUUUAAUUCAAACUUAUUUGUGUAUGCCGAUAAUUUGUACCCCAUCUUUUUGUUGUACAUAUAGACUGAAGUUAAUGUCAUUCAGAUCUAUAUAUCAUAUAACAACAGUGAUUAAUAUCAUGGUUGUAUUUGAAAUGUUCCUGUCAUUUAAUAAAUGACCAUUUGACAACAUUUCUUUUCCCUGUUGUUUUUUUGUUUUGUUUAUAAGACAUGUACAACAAAUAACAAGCUGCAGUCUCUGAGCUGGGUUACCAUGCUAACACAAAUGAAUGUGAUGUCAUUCGAUUAGCGUCAGUGCACAAUCGAGCUCUUAUUGGUGUUGUAUAGGCUGUAUCACGAUUUGUCCACCUUUGAAAAAUAGCACGGGCAGCGAAAUGUCAGUAAUCGGAUUAUAGUCUAUUCAGAUGAAUUUACCUGUGGUUUACUUGUGGUUACCUGUGCCAUCUAUCCAAUGUUGGAAACUGAUAUCAUAUCGAACGAUAGAAAUUUCAUUUAAGUGUUCAAUAAAUUAAGAUUUAUAUCGGCAACAGUCCUGUUGAGAAAUCCUCAAUCAUAUCAAAAUGUGAGAACAGACACAAUCUGGUUCAUGAACAUUAUCAUUUUACCGUCAUCAUGGUCAUUUCAUUGAGAAAUAUUUUAUUUGUGCAAUUUGAAACUGAACGUUUUUAAUGCUCGCAUGUUGUUUCCUUUGUUUUAUACAUUAUGACAUUACUUACUUUACAUGACGGGUGACGUCAAUGAAGCAAAAGACGCUUACCCUUCUGGAACACCCGAUCCUUGUGUCGCACGAACGAUGGGCCUUUGACGACUGGGGGCGGGACGAAAGAGGGAAAAUCAAUGAAUUUCUUUAAAAUCUAUCUGGUUCUUCAGGAAUUGCAAGAUAUUGUCGAUAUUUUGUUUGAAGCAUUCUUGGGUGAUGGGAAAUAAAUUUUUUGUAUAGAGCGCGGGUUUCCACCCACGGGGGUCUGAUAGACGAGGCCAAACAGGGAAAAUCUAACACCAAAGUAGGUUUAGUUAAUUUUCUUAUCAUUAAAAAAUAUUAUGUUUUGCAUUAUCGACUUAAAUAUCUAAGUUAGCGAUACAGGCCCUCUGGGCCUCUUGUUUGAAUCAUGGCUUUGUUGAUGAUGAAAAAAUACACACCUUGCCAAAAUUAGUUCACAGUAUUUGUAAAAAAAAAACUCUUUGUUUGAAAGGAUUUGUAUUUGCAUGUUAUUUAUGUUUUCUUUCCGCGAUAUGAAGUUGAGUGUGCGUAAUACUCAUAAUUCUGUAUGCCUGCUAGUUUGCGUGUUGUAAUAAUGAUUCUCAUUUUAGAUUAAUUUUGAUUUACAUUAAUAUUCAUUGCGGAUAUCGUCUGUGAAAAUGCGCCCGUCACAUAGACAGGCUCUUGUAUAUUUCCAAGGUAUCCAUGUAAAUGUUUUAUUUUGUUAUUUUUUUCAGAAUUUUCGAUAUUUUCAUCGAUUUUGUGUAUUAACACACUAGUAUUCCAUUUUUAUUUUCUUAUUUGUUUAUUUGUAUUAUACGAUCUAAUUGUGUUAUUGUGUAGAAUAUGUUACCUGCCUGUGUUCGAAAUAGAUUUAUCUCAGUCGACAUUCUAUAAUAAAUUUAAUGUGAUAUUACAGAAUGUCAGCGAUACACUGAGAUAAAUUGAUGUUGAUGUUGAUUCACUUUCUCGGACAUUGUUUUAUCAAAAAUUCCGAAAUCUUGCACAAUCGUUUUUUUUUCAAAUUUUUUGGUUCAGUUAUACUACCUUUCUUUGUGGUGAUACGUCAGAAAGACAAUUUAAUAUGGUAUCAUUUUAAUAGUGACUUCACUUGGUAUCAAAUAUCGUACAAAUGUACCAGAUAGAUCGAAGGAGACUAAAAAAUCCAGCAAUGGGUAGGCCAUGAUAUUUCCUUGUUACAUGUACAGUGUAUAGUAUUGUUAAGAUUACUUUUUUCAGUGUAUUUUAUUUCAUUUUGAUGUCCUGUAAAAAAUAAUAAUAAACAAAUUUGUAUCUCAAAAAUAGUAUGUCUGGAAUGUGUUGACAGUUGCUGUCAGUAGUGACUUAUUUGUACUAGACCUAGAAUGUUCCCUUCAUAUGUACGUUGAUGUGCUUUCCUUUUUUGUCAGUAAUAUAUAACAUUUUGUAAAAUAACAUCUUUAAUACAAAACAGCAUUUAAUGAGACGUAGAUAUUUGAUAACUUAUAUCUUUUUCUAAAAACAUGAGAAGCAUAAAUGACAAAUGAAACCCAUGAUUCAGACAAUAAGUGAAAAGUUUGAUACCAUUAAAACAAUUGAUACUCAUUAUAUAGAAGGUAAAAUCCUGAAUUUGAAUAUUUGAUACACGGUAAAGAAAUUUAAGAUCAUUGUUCACCUUCGUAUAUUAUUUGUAGAUUUUACAAAGCGCCAUUGUAGAGAACAAAGAUGGGAUGAAGCUGUCGCCACACGUAAUUAUUGUUGUAUGAUAAUUUAGUUAAAAAACUAAAGGCCUUUAUUGAUCUUGUAAAUAUUUCUUCACAAUAAAAACAAAUCAAAUUUUGAA